UCUAUAUUACUCUUUUGGUUAUAAAGUCAAACUCGGCCGAGCUAGAGAAGAGCUCUGACUCGUGAGAAGCUAGAACAGAAAGAAAGAAAGGAACGAGAGAAGAAUUAUAGAAAUAAUCUUCAAUCAAUCUCUUCUUCUUCUUCUUCUUCUUCUUCUUCUUCUUCUUUACAAUCUAGGGUUUUGUUUGUUUCUCACUCAGGUCAGACUUUUGCAAACAUGACUUCAUCGGUAAUACAGGGUUUUACUAAAUCUCUUGCGAUGACAGUUUUAUCUGAGAUCGGAGAUAAGACCUUCUUUGCGGCCGCAAUCUUGGCAAUGCGUCAUCCAAGGAGACUUGUUUUAGCUGGUUGCUUAGGAGCUUUAAUUGUAAUGACGAUUCUCUCUGCUCUAGUAGGUUGGGCUGCCCCAAAUUUGAUUCCUCGUGUAUGGACUCACCAUAUAACCACCAUUUUAUUCUUUGGUUUUGGGCUUUGGACAUUGUGGGAAGGAUUUUCAGACAAGGGGGAUGAAGAUGAGUUGGCUGAAGUAGAGGCAAAACUGGAUUCGGAUAUGAAGACAACUGCUGCAAAAGCCACAAAAGGAUCUAAGGGAGACGAUGACUUGAAAAAGCAGAAGAGACCAUUCCUCACAUCCCUCUUCUCCCCCAUCUUGUUGAAGGCAUUUUCCAUUACAUUCUUUGGGGAAUGGGGUGAUAAGAGCCAGCUUGCUACGAUUGGAUUGGCUGCGGAUGAGAAUCCAUAUGGUGUUGUUCUUGGUGGAAUCUUAGGUCAAGCAUUGUGUACUACUGCAGCUGUUCUUGGUGGCAAGAGUUUGGCUUCAAACAUAUCUGAGAAAAUGGUUGCAAUCUCAGGUGGGAUUCUAUUUCUUAUUUUCGGUAUGCAAUCCUUUCUUUCAACAGUCGAACCAUAGUGCCUGACUCAUUUCAACUAGUGCAUCAACACCAUCAAACUAGACAUGUAGCAAAGCAUCAUCCUCCAUGGGUUUGUGAGAUGAUUCAUAGAAACGUGUAUUUAUUUUGGAUCCAAGCAGCAGCAAUGUAUAUCAUUUUGAAUGACUUGUGAAAAUCAGUAACAUAUUCUGAAGUUGAUAAGUUUUAUAUGCACAUUUUAUUUUGUCUUCAAUCUUGAGAGCAUCCAAGCGAGCCUUGUCAAAUCUUGUAGAUUAAAUUGAACUGUGUCUUACAGUACCAAAAUUUGUAGAUUUAACUGUUGCGAGAAACAGAAAACUGAAGCUAAAAUGUACUAAAAAAAAGACGUAGAAUUGAUAUUAUCGAAUUUAUACA